GAGUUUGUUUUCUUUUUGUUAACUUUACAUCCGUGUUUCCUGUUUCAGAGGGAGGAGGCUGAAGCUAAAGCCAAGGAGGAGGCCGAACGUCAGCGAAUGGAGAGAGAGAAACACUUCCAGAAAGAAGAGCAGGAGAGACUGGAGAGGAAGAAGCGCCUGGAGGAGAUCAUGAAGAGGACUCGUAAGAGCGACGCAGGAGAGAAGAAGGACGUCAGAGCUUCUCCUCAGGUCAACGGGAAAGACUCAGAGCUCAGUAAAGCUCCUGGAAACCCUCAGCUUCCUGCUGCAGGAGUUUCCGGCCUCGUCGUCAACGGCGUCCAGCCCAACUCGCACCAGAACGGCGUCUCAGCCAACGGGGAGUCUGGAGACUUCGAGGAGAUGAUCCAGCUGAACAGCAGCAGCAGCUCUGGUCAGCAGCAGAUGGUCGGCGAACCCAUCCUGGCCUUCGAGGGAGGAGAACCUUUCCUGAGGAAGACGGGCCCCAUGAAGCCUCAGCAUGUCGCAGAGGUCCUGUGAGUCGCCUUACAUCUCCACUAUGAGAUUCCUCCUCCUCUAAACUUUGUGCCAAACAACCAGAGUGGAACUGAACUCACGCCGACGAGCAGAACUCUGAAUUCAUCUGAAACUAAGAAAUAUUAAAACAUGCAAGUAUUCUGUGUCCUCACCGUGUUCUGGUGCACCUUAAAGAUUCUAGAAAACAGGAAGUAUCUGACAUGGUGUUCUUCUUCUGAUGUUGUUCUCGUUACUUCAGUUGGAUAAUGUGUGUUUUUGUGUGUUUUUGCUGUUUUUGUCUUGAAUUAUUGCAUUAUUUAACAUCUUCAGGCUGCAGACGGUGGAUGUAAAUGUAUAUGAGCCUCCUGUUGCAGGAGAUCUGUGAAAUAAAGCUUUAUGAAAGGAA